CUGCUGUCGGCCGCCAGCCUGUUCCAGCUGGAUGCCCUUCAGAGGCACUGCGAGAUCUUGUGCUCCCAGACCAUCAGCAUGGAGAGCUGCGUGAACAUCUACAAGUAUGCCAAGAUCCACAACGCUCCGGAGCUGGCCCUGUUCUGCGAGGGCUUCUUCCUGAAGCACAUGAAGGCCCUGCUGGAGCAGGACUCCUUCCGGCAGCUCAUCUACGGCCGCAGCAGCAAAGUGCAAGGCCUGGACCCGCUGCAAGACCUCCAGAACACGCUGGCCGAGCGCGUGCACUCGGUGUACAUCACGUCCCGGGUGUGAAGAGGGACGCCCCGGCCCGGGCCGGC